AAAAAAAGGGAAAUACUGAUCCAUUUGAAACAAAAACGAGAGAAUCAAGCUGCAGCAGCCGCCAGCCAUGGCUAUACCCACCACCGUUCCCUUCCCUUCCUCCUCCCUCCGCCUCUCCACGCCCUUCUCCUCCCCGCGUACACCCCACGCGCCGAGCCCGAGCCCCCGCCGCCGCCUCCCCUUCCCCGCCCGAGCCGCCGACUCCGACACUCCUCCCUCCGAGGAGGCCUCCGCCUCCACCGCCACCGACUCCGGAUCCGCGCCCGGGCCGGGGCCCGAGGACGACGCGUUCGAGAACCGGCUCUCGCAGGUCCGGCUCCGGUACCGGAGCGGGACCGGCAAGAAGGCGGAGGUCCGCAAGGUGAAGAAGUCGAAGCGGGGACCGUCCGCGCCGUCGGGCGGGAUGUACCUGCCCCCGGUGGCGCUGCAGGAGCCGGUGUCGGAGGGGCUGAAGGUGGAGUUCGGGUUCAGCCCCUACAGCGAGAGGGCGAACGGGAGGAUCGCGGCCCUGGGGCUGACCGCGCUGCUGCUGGUGGAGCUGGCGACGGGGAAGAGCGUGAUCGGCUACCACACGCCGGCGAUCGUGCUGAUCCAGGUGUACUUCGUGGCCGCGGUGGCGGCUCUGUACUUGAAGUACGAGAAAGAGAGAGUCAGCGUCUGGCCUCGAUCUUCCUCCGACAAAUGACGACGGCGACGGCGGCGGCGGCGGCGGCGGUCGAUGCUUCGUUUCUCCUGUGUUUACACUGCACAUUCUGUUUUUGCGCUUUCUUCUUUUGAUUUUGGGAAUUGACUCAUCGGGUGGCUUUUGAGAUUCUACUUUCAUGAGGGUGAACGGAUAUUCAAUACCGAGUUAACUUUUUUUCUGUGGGCUGCUCUUGCCGUGUCAAUGUCGAGUAACGAAGACCACGAUGAUGACGAAAACUACCAUUGAAGCUGAUUCUAUUAAGAUGUAUAGUUUUCCAGAAAUUCGAGGGUGAUUCCUUUGAGAA